AUGGGAAAUAUAGAACAGCCAGAGCCAACACCCUUCCACCUCACGGCGCUGGACCGCCAGCUGCUGGCCAUGACCGACGAGGAAUUCGUCGCACACGACUGGGACAAUUUGCGGGACAUCAUCGCCCGGAACGAUCUGGCCGCUCUCAAGCGCAAGCCCUCCGAUCUGCGCCGAUACCUGGCCUGGUCCGCAGACACCAAAGCCCAGUAUGGCACCAUCAUGAACUACAUAUGCCAGCGCCGCCUCCAGUGGCCCAUGAGUGGAAUCGUUCCCAAGAACCCGCGCCCGUUUGCCGACCCCGAGGACUACAGAAUUCUCCGCAAUGACUGGCCCUACGGCCUGAGCCCCGACAUUUCACACUUGGUGGUCUGGCUUCGGACCCCGAUCGCGGUGAAAUCGGACGAGGGCCAUUUGACGGACGAGUCCAGGGCUUUGAUUCAGGAUUUUGUCCAGAGUAAGUUUGUCGCUCGCUUGGCCGAGGAUGUCGAUCGUUUCCCCAAUCCCGAGUCGCAUGUGUUGUGGUUUAAAAACUGGGUGGGUUUGCAGAGCGUGCGUGCGCUUGAGCAUGUGCAUAUUCUCGUGCGCGAUGUCCCCGAAGACAUCCUCUACGAGUGGUCGGGGGAGGGCAACGUAACGGAUAUUUAA